AUGGGGAUUGAAUUGCUUUGCCUCUGUUUCCUAUUUCUGCAAAGAAAUAACUAUGUGCAAGGUACCUGUUCUCAGGAAAGCACAGUGACUUGUGAAGAUUGUUUGCUUUCCGGACCACGCUGCGCUUGGUGUUUGCAAGAGAAUUACACAGACUCAUUUGGAAUUCACGGGAGGUGUGAUACCCUGGAAAAUCUUUUGUCCAAAGGAUGCCAGCUGAAUUUGAUUGAGUUUCCCAUUUCAGAAGUAGAAAUUCACAGAAAUGAUCCCCUAACUGCAUCAUCCCAGAAGAACAGUUCUGAUGUCACACAGAUUUCUCCCCAGAAAUUAAGUCUGAGGCUGCGACCAGGACAUGAGGAAACAAUACAGAUCAAGGUUCGCCAGACUGAAGAUUAUCCAAUUGAUCUCUACUACCUCAUGGAUCUUUCAGCCUCCAUGGAUGAUGAUCUGAACACAAUCAAAGAACUGGGCUCAACUCUUUCCAAAGAGAUGUCAAAACUGACAAGCAACUUUAGGCUGGGGUUUGGAUCUUUUGUUGAAAAACCAGUUUCACCAUUUAUCAAAACUACAGCGGCAGAAAUAAACAACCCUUGCAGAACUGUACCCUACGAGUGCUUACCCACCUUUGGAUAUAAAAAUGUUUUGCCACUAACAAAUGAUGCUGAAAAAUUCAAUGAAAUUGUGAAAGGACAGCGAAUUUCUGCUAAUAUAGACACUCCAGAGGGAGGAUUUGAUGCAAUUAUGCAGGCAGCUGUUUGCAAGGAAAAAAUUGGCUGGAGGAAUGAUUCUCUACAUUUGCUGGUGUUUGUGAGUGAUGCUGAUUCCCAUUUUGGGAUGGACAGUAAACUGGCAGGGAUUGUUAUUCCUAAUGAUGGGAACUGUCAUUUGGACCACAAUAAUGAAUAUUCCAUGUCAACUGUUCAGGAGUAUCCAACAAUUGGACAAUUAAUUGACAAACUUGUGCAAAACAAUGUUCUAUUAAUUUUUGCUGUAACAAAUGAGCAAGUUCACAUAUAUGAGAAUUAUGCAAAGCUUAUUCCUGGAGCUACUGUUGGACGACUACAGAAGGAUUCUGGAAAUAUUCUCCAGCUGAUCAUUUCUGCAUAUCAGGAGCUGAGGUCUGAGGUUGAAUUGGAGAUCCUGGGAGAGACGGAAGGGCUCAAUCUCUCCUUCACGGCCAUCUGUAACAAUGGGACCUUUUUUCCACAUCAGAGGAAAUGCUCUCAUGUGAAAGUGGGAGAUACAGUCUCUUUCAAUGUGACUGUUAGUCUCUCUUCGUGUGAAAAAACCAGAAGGCUUAUCAAGAUAAAACCUGUGGGCCUCAGCGAUGUGCUGGAGAUGGAAAUUCAUCCCCUCUGCAGCUGCGAGUGCCAGGCCAAGGCCGAGAAGCAGAGCCCGAAGUGCAGCCAAGGGAAAGGCUCCCUGGAGUGCGGGGUGUGCGUGUGCAGCCCCGGCUACGUGGGGCCGCGCUGCGAGUGCCACGAGAGCUCUCUCGGUGCCAGCUCCUGCCGGGGCCCGGCCGAGCAGAGCUCCUGCAGCGGCAGAGGCGACUGCUAUUGCGGGCAGUGCCUGUGCCACCCGUCCCCCUAUGGCAAGGUCUACGGGCCCCGCUGCGAGUGCAAUGACUUCUCGUGCGUCCGGCACCGCGGCCUGCAGUGCGCAGGCAAUGGUGACUGUGACUGUGGCGAAUGCAGAUGCCACAGUGGAUGGACUGGUGAAUACUGUAAUUGCACAACUGAUACCAGCACCUGCCUUGCUGAGGAUGGGACACUGUGCAGUGGGAGAGGUGAAUGCAUCUGUGGGACGUGUGCUUGCACCCAUCCAGGGGCCUCAGGCCAAACGUGUGAAAAAUGCCCACUCUGCGGUGACCCCUGCAGUUCCAGAUGGAGCUGUGUGGAAUGUCACUUGGCUGCUGAUGACAAGUCACUGGGAGAUUGCAGUGAAAAAUGCAAAUUGGUUGAUGCAACUGUCAGCAUGGAAAAGGAUUAUUCAGAGGAUAAAUCCAUUUCCUGCUCUUUGCAGGGAGAAAAUGAGUGUAUAACCACAUUUCUACUGGCUGUGGAUGAACAGGGAAGGACAGUCAUUCACAACAUAGAACGGAAAGAUUGUGCACAGCAUCCAAAUAUCCCAAUGAUAGUGGUGGGUGUCACCCUUGCUAUCCUUCUCAUUGGCAUUGUUUUACUUUGCAUAUGGAAAUUACUGGUGUCACUUCAAGACCGAAAAGAGGUGGCCAAGUUUGAAGCAGAAAAAUCAAAAGUUAAAUGGCAAACGGAAACAAAUCCACUGUACAGAGGCUCAACAACCACUUUUAAAAAUGUGACUUACAAGAACCAAGAUAUGCAUAAAAGACCCAUGGCUGCAGGCUUCUAUUAGCACCUCCAACACUACAAGCUUAAGUUUUACUGGCAGGAAAUCUGAAUCUAAACUUGUUUCUUCUCAGCUGAUUAUGUGAUAUUUGUUUACAAGUUGCAGUGAUAUAACAUUCUGUUAGAGAAUAUAUAUCUUGUGUUGGGACAAAUAAAGAUAACAUAUUAGU